AUGCCAUUGGUCAACUCCGCUUUCUCAACGACUGGUAAACGCAAGGUUUCUUACCUCGAGCAAUUUGGCUCACUGAUUCCCAGGACGUAUACUCUCGGCGCUGAAGUACUUACGCCCUUUGGUCGUGGGCAACUGUACGAGCUGGGUGUUUCUAUGCGUAUGCGUUAUGGACAUCUUUUGAAUAAUUUUACGGAGAGCAAUACGAUUCCGGUGUUUCGGACCGAGUCUCAGAAUCGCAUGCUCGAGUCUUCCAUCAAUUUCGCGUUUGGGUUCUUUGGGAAUCCAAUCGAAGGACAAUACCAACAAGUGAUCGCUCUAGUGCAUGCUGGCAUCAAUAACACAAUAUCACCGUGGAAUACAUGCCCAAAUGCCAACAUUCCGGCCAAAGCUUUCAGAGGACUGAACUUUGUUCAACAAUGGGGCGACGUUUACCUGAAAGACGCCGUUGCGAGGUUCAAGGAAAUGGCGCCCGAAGUUGACUGGACUACCGAAGACGUCUACUCGGCCCAAAAAAUGUGUGCAUAUGAAACAGUUGCUCUCGGGUACUCUGCUUUCUGCGAGCUGUUCACCAAGGAAGAGUGGGACGGGUUCGAUUAUUCUCAUGACCUAGGAUUCUGGUACAACGAUGCGUACGGGUCACCAAUAGGUCAAGCGCUCGGGCUGGGCUGGGUUUCAGAAUUGGUUGCGCGCCUUACGCAUACACCCAUAGAAGUCCACAACACCACUACAAAUGCUACUAUGCAUGAUAACAUUCGCUUCCCGCUGAACCAAUCAAUUUAUGUGGACUCGACUCAUGAAACUGUAUUCAUGCAAAUCAUGACGGCACUCAACCUCACUAACUUUGCUUCGGAUGGACAACUUCCCAUAACUCACAUUCUCCCCAACCGGAAGUUCAAAUCUUCUAAAAUUGCUCCGUUCGCUACAAACAUGCAGGUUCAACUGCUUUCAUGUUCAUCCCAUCCCGAACCACAAAUUCGUCUCAUCAUCAACGACGGCGUCACUCCUCUAACAACAAUACGAGGAUGUCCCGAAGAUAAAGACGGAAUGUGUCCUCUCAAAAAAUUUGUUGAUGCCCAAAAGGAAACAAUCAGAACAUCGAGUUUUGAUUGGGCAUGUUACGGAGAUUGGGAGAUCGAGGAAGGAUGGGUAACUACACGCGGCAUGCCUCCUUCAGGAAAGCCAACCGGCCACAUGUCUUAG